UUCACCAAGAGAUUUCCAGCGACGGGAUGAGCUGGUCUAUUCUGGGCCUGCCUGUAGUCUCUUAUCUCGACUCUGGAGAGUACAUCUGUAAGGCAAAGAACUUUCUGGGGGCAACAGAAGCGUUCAUCUCUCUCAUCAUCACAGACUCAGAAAGCACGGACGACCCCAGCUCUAGUGCCAAGGGCACGUGGAGUGGCAAGGCGAGCGGGAUGGAAGCAGCUGCCUACAACGACAAGCUGGUGGCCAGGUAUGUUAUCACCACCUCCACUGUGCCUACCCUGGGGGCUGGAGUGGGCACCGGAGAGGGCCUGCCCCUUCCAGAUGUGGCACAAGAUGACAACCCCAGAAACCUGCUGGUGAGCCCACCCCCUGGCCAGCAGGAACCGGAGCGGAUGGUGAGGUCUGUCAGGGUGAUAGGAGACACUGAUCAGAGUAUCACCCUGGCCUGGAAGGCUCCUCUGGCAAACAGCACCACCGUGUUCAGCGUCCUCUACGCUGUCUUUGGGGAGAGAGACAUGCGGCGGAUCAGCGUGGAGCCAGGCAAGACCAAGGUCACCGUUUAUGGGCUGCUGCCCAAGACCAAAUACAUCGCCUGUGUCUGCGUGAAAGGGCUCAUCCCCAGAAAGGAGCAGUGCAUCAUAUUUUCCACAGACGAAGCCGCCAGCGCGGGAGGGACCCAGAAGCUCAUCAACAUGGUGGUCAUCAGCGUGGCCUGUGUCAUUGCUGUUCCUCUGACGCUGGUGGUCUGCUGCGGGGCGCUGAAAAGGCGCUGCAAAAAAUGCUUCGUGCGGAAACCCAAGGAGAUUCAGGAGUCCUAUGUCACCUUUGAGAGCCUGUCUCCUGGGGCCAAAGUGAAAGGUGUGGAAGGAGAAUAUUUGACUAGACACACUCCCGAUGAGUCAAACAGGCUGCUCUCUGCCCGGUCCAGCGUGGACUCAGAAGCAAUCCCAAAGACAGAGGGGCAACCUAAUGAAUACUUUUGCUGA